AGGUGGUUGUGAUAUGACGAAGUGUAAUUUGUACCUAUAAACGUUGAGUGGUUACAAUGUGAUUAUCUACUGUUAAAAUUUAAUUGUCACAUCGUAGAAAUAUAAAUUUGAUUUUUUGUCAGUGUUAUUGGAGAAAUUGCAAAAGGUAACGUGGGUGGAAGGGAUGUUCGUGGAGAAUGACACAAGAGAUGGAAUGUGUCAGCGAAUACGUAGGAAAAUCUGUUGCAGCACGACUGAUUUCACCUGCAGCGCUGCAGCUCGACUACUGUUUGUAUUCACUAGGUUGGAAUUAUUAUAAGACGAAGAUCUACUUACGUAGUUGCCAUAUGUUGUUGUCAAAUCGAUGUGAUAUUUGUUAAUUUACUGAAUGCUGCUGAGGAUGAACUUUCAUAAGAUCGAAACAUGUGUAACGACCAAAAACUCGUCAAGGGAAAUGUCCGAGAAGAAUCAAGAGCCUCAACUAAAACCUACACUGCACGUCUACGUUCCCGGCAAACCGCGUAGGGACGAUGUGAAGGAGGUUCACGGAGGCGACACGAAGAUGGAGUGUGACGUCACUCAAGACGAAGGUGACGACGAGUUGGUGGAUCCUCAGGAGAAGCUGAAGGAAUGUUGCAGAAGAACUGAGGAGUGCAACAAGUUGCGGGACGUGUUGCAGCAGUGCAACGACCGCGUCAACAGCAAGACCAAGACUAACGAGACGUGCGAGAUAGAACUGUACGACUACACGCAUUGCGUCGACCACUGUGUCGCCAAAGUGUUGUUCCAGCACCUCAAGUAGAGGAGGUGAGAUGGUUGAGGCGUGUUGUUUAUACAAAUAAAACCAUUAAAGCAAG